AUGACUUGCGGCCUUGAAAUUUGCGUGGCAGCUGGGAUCACCUAUGUUCCUCCAUUACUUCUGGAAGCUGGUGUGGAAGAGCAGUACAUGACCAUGGUCUUGGGUAUUGGCCCUGUCCUUGGUCUAAUCCUUGUGCCCCUUAUUGGAUCGGCUAGUGAUGACUGCCAAAGCAACUAUGGCGGAAGACGUCCAUUCAUCUGGAUAUUAUCCCUCGGUGUCCUCCUUUCACUCUUCAUCAUUCCACAUGCUGACUCCUUCGCUUCCUACUUUUCCUAUGGUGGAAACCAUGUCCAUAUUUUCUUCCUCAUUUUUGGGGUGGGAUUACUAGACUGCUGCGUUCAAGUCUGCUUUACACCAUUGGAGGCUCUUUUGUCUGACUUGUACCAUGAUGACGAAGGCUGCGGCCAAGCCUUUGCCAUGUUCUCCUUCAUGAUCAGCAUUGGCGGCUGUAUUGGCUAUCUGCUGACCUCUGUCAACUGGAAUUACACGUAUAUGUCUCUUUACCUCGGUGGGCCAGACGAAUGUCUGUUUUUAUUGUUAAUGCUAAUAUUUAUUGUAAGCGUCCUUGUUACUAUGAAGACUGUGGAGGAACAUAGCCACAGGCCAAAGUCCUUCAGCAGAGGAUGUUGUUUACCAAAAUGGAAGCUGCGAUCCUGGAAAUGCAACCCGGUCCUAUGCCUGCUGAGCCUAUGCUGGUCUGUCACCCCCAGGAUCUAUCAUAGUUACUGUCGUAUCCCUGCUGUCAUGAAACAGUUGUGUGCUGCCCAGCUGUGUAGCUGGAUGGCAGUCAUGUCUUUCAUGCUCUUCUAUACAGACUUUGUCGGAGAGGGGUUAUAUAAAGGGAUUCCAAGUGCUGCACCAGGAACAGAAUCGAGAAUCCGCUACGAUGAAGGAAUCCGUAUGGGAAGUCUCGGACUUUUCCUCCAGUGUGCGACUGCGACCUUCUUUUCAAUGAUCAUCAACAAACUGGCCAAACAAUUUGGGUCGCGGCAAGUCUACCUGUCCAGCAUGAUCACCUUCACCUCCUCUGCCCUAGUCAUCUGCCUGUCCCAAAAUAUUGUCAUCGUCACCAUUAUGUCCUCGCUAACUGGAUUUGCCUACGCUACACUCCAGACACUUCCGUACACCUUAAUAUGUCUCUAUCACAAGGAAAAAGAUGUAAGUAAUAAAAAGCAUCAAUAA